AGUGUUUAUUUGUCCACCAGAAAUGUAUGUACUGAUCACAUUACUGGAUCUUCUCUGUUUCGUGGUCUAACAAAAGUUCAUAAAAUUCCCAUCGAAAAAAUGGCAAUACAUAUAUCAUCUUCGGUAUCAUUCUCACAGAUUUUAUCAAAUUCAAACUUUAAAUCUCCACCGUUGAUAUCUCCUCAUCCAUCCGUCUUGUCAUCCAAUACUAGUGCCAUACGUUCACUUGUAAAGAGAAACAGUACUAGUGUGGUCAUACCAAGAGCUGCUUCUUCAACUGCUACUUUUUCACCAGAAAUAAUAGAUGGACUUGGAGAUGUUAACAUCUUUACUGCUUCCGGUGAUUCUGUUAUGUUCAACCAACUCUGGGAUCAAUCUCAGGGAAUUGCUGUUGUUGCUCUACUGAGGCAUUUUGGAUGCCCUUGCUGCUGGGAGCUUGCUUCAACUCUUAAAGAAUCUAUACCAAAAUUUGAGUCUGCUGGUGUGAAGCUAAUUGCUAUCGGUAUUGGUGAACCUGAGAAAGCUCAAAUUUUUGCUGAAAGGUUACCAUUCCCAUUGGAUAGCCUCUAUGCAGAUCCAGAACGAAAGGCGUAUGAUCUCUUGGGUUUGUAUUAUGGCAUUGGACGAACAUUUUUCAACCCUGCCAGUGCGAAGGUGUUAUCAAAAGCGAGAUUUGAGGCUCUGAAAAAAGCUACAAAGAAUUAUACGCUUGAAGUAACUCCAGAUGAUAGAGCAAGUGUUUUGCAACAGGGAGGGAUGUUUGUGUUUAAAGGUAAGGAGUUGUUGUAUGCAUGGAAGGACGAAGGCACAGGCGAUCAUGCCCCAUUAGAUGACAUCUUCAAUAUAUGCUGCAAAGUACCCGUUCCAUGAACAACACAGUUAUUCAACUUCCAUAGGCAAGCAAACAGCAGGCAGCCACAAUUAGCGACUGUGUAGGAACUUGUCAUCAACCUGCAUCCUAUAUAUGAACCCUAUAAUGGUGUGUGACUAUAUAGCAAAAGGUACUACUAGCCUACAACACCAGAUGCUGCUGCCUCAAGUGACCAACAGGACUCUUUUGUCUUGUUGCCUGCGUGCAAAUCUAUCGUAAUCUACUCGUAAUAUCCUACCAUAUCUAUACUACAUUUUCAAUUUUUUUGACUUAAUUUCGUCGGCUUUAAUUUGUUUAAACAAUUACUGUUUGUUCAAAAUAUCUUGCAAAUAAUUGGGUUUCAUUUUCUCUGA